GCUCGAUGCCCGUCUAUAUCGCAUGUUUCGCCCUCCUCCCUUGUCCUCCUUGCUGUCCAAGAGGCAUGAGGUCCUCCGUUUCUACGUUCUCUACAUUCGCUAUUCACUCAUUCCCUCUGAGAAAGCCGGCUUUCUCAUUGUAACAACACAAGAAUCUGCGAUUCUCGCCGAGGGCCAUUGACUGGCCGUGGAGCAUACGACCACUUCAGAAACAGGUUAUCAGGGGUCCAACAGAUUUAGCCCUCUCGACCGCAAGGCCUCGGUGCGACCAGAUCCCCGACCUGAACUCUCAUCAGCAAUCUGCGACCCUUCUUAACUUGCACAGACGGACCUCGGUGAAGGACAUACUGCGUUCAAGAUGUCCUCAAUGGCGACUGAGGCAUUGGCGCAGUUAGCCAAAAGAGAAGAGGACUCAUGGGACCGAAUAGCAGACGGACUUGUGAAGAGAGUGAAUAUUCCCAUCAACAGCACAACCCCUCCAGCGCUGGUGCAAGCAAUUCAACAAGAUCCGUUCAGCCAUGCCGCGAAGUAUGGGUUACUGUUCGUCUACGUUGGAAUCAUCCUCCUACUCAGCGCGACAUUGAUGCGACUGUACUACUACUGGGGCGAUAAGAUCCGCACGGCGCUGUACAAGGAAGAAGUCAUCAACUCCGCGUCAGCAACCACUCCCAUGGGCUUCUCACCAAUGCACGGAUAUGUCGACUAUGAAUUACCCAGCGCAAUCAGUGCGCAGACCGAUGGAUCGACAAGGCACUUCUUUCCAAGCAAAGGACCGCUAAUUGCAGAGAAGACGAGACAGCAAGCAGCUGUGUCGGCCAUUGCACCACUGAACAACACCAUUGCCUUCUUCAGAUGGAUCUUCUACCGCCCAAUGCCGGCGCUUCGGAUUGGCAAGUUCACUUUUACCUUUCCAUCUCUUGGGGUCCUUGUGAUCGUAACAAUCGCCUUGCUGGCGUCGUUACUCUACUGCUUCCUACCUCGACCGUUGUUCUACGCCUCAAUGUCAUAUGGUUCACCUCCCCUGGCGAUCCGAGCAGGUAUGAUGUCGGUAUCUCUCAUCCCCUGGUGCGUUGUGCUGGCCACCAAAGCAAAUCCAGUUUCAUGGAUGACCGGAAUUGGCCAUGAUCGACUUAUCGUCCUUCAUCGCUGGACAGCAUAUCUAUGCGUCAUCUUCGCCAUCAUCCAUGCUGUACCUUAUUGGUAUCAGUCGGUUAACGACCCUGAUGGCUACGCAACAUUCAAGCUCUACUUUAACCAGCAGUACUAUGUGUUUACAACUGGGAUAGCCGCCAUUGCACCUCUACUGUUCUUGACGUUGCACUCUCUACCAAUCCUCCGUGCCAAGAUGUACGAGCUGUUUGUCAUCCUCCACAUCCCAGUUGCUUGGGCUUUCAUCGGACUGCUCUUCUGGCAUUGUAACAACUACCUAACAUCAUGGGCUUACCUCUACUCGACCAUAGCACUGAUGUCUGUGUCUUUGUUUGCGCGGCUCGUCUUCUUGAACUGGACAAACCCGUUCCGGUCUUCUUGGCUCAUUGGCGAAGAGUCUGCUGUAACCAUCUUGCCCGAAAAUGCCAUCAAGGUUACCAUUCCAACCCAGAAGAGGUGGCGGCCUGGCCAGUACGCAUACCUGCGAAUGCCGGGGAUCUCCAUUCUAGAGAACCAUCCAUUCACCAUUGCUUCAUUGUGCAGCGAGGACUUCCCCUCUCAGUAUGGCGAGCAAUAUCGAGAUAUGACCUUGGUCUUCCGCCCCUUUUCAGGUUUUACACGCAAAGUGAUGGACACCGCCAUCAAGAAGGGACCAUACAAGACGUACAGAGCAUUCGUCGAAGGACCUUAUGGCGGCAUGCAACGCCAAAUGGCGUCUUUCGACCAGGUUGUCUUCUUCGCUGGUGGUAGUGGCAUCACGGCCAUUGCCAGUCAACUUCUCGACCUGAUCAAGCGUAUGCGCGACGGCAAAGCCACAACGUCCAAGGUCCAUGUCAUUUGGGCCAUGAAGCGUCCCGAUAUCAUGGAGUGGUUCAAGGAGGAGCUCCGCAUCUGCAGAGAAUGUGCCCCUCCCGGAUCCGUACAGUGCCAUUUCUACAUCACCGCUUCCAGACGCUACGAACCUCUUCCCGAAGUCAAAGAACACCGCCUUGGCGGGAUCCGCGACAAGAUCUCCGAUGCCAUCCACAACGCCGGAAGCAAGCGCAACUCGGCCAUGGUGAUGGAAGGCGAACCGGACUUGAAAAAGGAACUUGAAGACCAAAUCACCGCCCUCCCACAAGCGUACCUCGCACCACCGCGACACCUGUCUCCGUCCAGCGCAGAGCAACUGCAGACAUAUUACCCGCCUCCGCCCAAGGAGGCCAGGAUGUCGACCAUCUCGCAGGCUCAAAUCGAAGCCACACGCGCAUUUGAUUUCGGCUUCCCCCAGACCCCGACCAAAUUCCAGAAGAACCUCAUGCGCUUCGCGUUCUUGCCGACCAACGUUUCCAGUCGUCGUGACGGUUGGCGAACGGAGUACGGCCGGCCGGACAUCCCUUACAUGCUGAAGGGGCUGAGUAAGGAAUUCGGACGACGGACGUGCGUGUACGUCUGCGGGCCGCCAGAGAUGAGGACCGACGUCACCAACACGGUCGCCCGACUGCAGCGCGACAUCUGGAGUGACAGUGGGAAAGAUGAGAUUUUCCUGCAUGCGGAGAAUUAUGCUCUCUGAUCGGAUCUCAUGCAAGGAUGGUCUAAGUGGAGAGUAUGUACAAAUCCUACAACACAUGCCUACGGUAGCAAGCGAGGAGUUGGCAAGAUGACGAAGGACUUUAAUAAUUUUACCAAGUUUAUGGCGCUUGACCAUCAUGAUCAUGGAUGGGCCCAAGAUGAGGACCAGAGAAGAAGUUCCUCUCAUCGCAUUUGGAAUCCGUGGUUUCUCCUUUUUGGUGCUGGGUUCUCAGCUGGGCUCGGCUCAAUUCACUCGCGAUACCCCCUUUUUCUUGUUGCGUUUUCUUAGCGGUGUGGGAUGUGAAUGUGCCUUUGGCACUCGGAAGAGCC